ACCUGUGUUGACUGUUUGUUGGGCAGGGCGCAUUCGUAACCUAAGAAUUCCUCCAACGAUCGAAACAAAGCAAUUAAAAACAAUUAGUUUGGUGAGUGAGUGGCCGCGGUAAGAUGUUAUUGUGCUGAAUAGCGAUGAAGAAGUACAAAAAAGAGGAGAUAAUGUGGUUGUUUGGCGUUUUGCUGUGUUCGAUGGGUGUCAACGGUCAAUACGAGUGGCAAGCCAGGGACCCCUUCGACGAGGUUAGCAGGGCGAUGAAGAAGAUAAACAAAGAUAAUUGCGAGAUACAACAUGUAGGCGACUUGUACCUGCCGGACGACGCCGUUUCGCAUCUUCCCGAUAUCAAGGAUAUCAACGUGAAUCCAGUUUUUCCGAAUAGAACGCAAUUGAUCCAUUUGCAUAACAUGGCGUUAAAUCGCGGUUUCUACUGGAGCUACAUCCUUCAAAGUAGGUUUAUUCGACCCACAAUCAACGACACCUACGACCCGGGUAUGAUGUACUACUUGCUAUCAACGGUGGCCGAUGUAUCCACUAACAUGCACGUAAACGCUAGUGCUGUUUACUUCUCCCCCAACAUGUCCUACUCAUCAUCAUACAGAGGAUUCUUCAACAAAACAUUUCCUAGAUUCGCACCCAGAACAUUCAGGGCAGACGAUUUCAACGACCCCAUUCACCUGGAGAGAAUCUCCACGCUAAACACCUUCACAGUCCACGAUUUGGGGGCUGUAAACCCAGACACAAGCAGCGACUACACCUCCGAUUACUUCAGAAUAAACGAGUGGUACAAAAAAUGGUUGCCCGACAAGGUUUCCGAAAGGCACGACACAAAGACGACCUAUCAAAUCGAGAUUCGGUACGCGAAUAACACGAACGAGACGUACACCUUCCACGGGCCACCGGGGGCCGAUGAAAAUCCGGGGCCUGUCAAAUGGACGAGGCCCUAUUUCGAUUGCGGGAGAUCCAACAGGUGGAUGGUGGCAGCGGUGGUACCCAUCGCCGAUAUUUAUCCCAGGCAUACCGGGUUCAGACAUAUAGAAUAUCCAACUUUUAGUGUCGCACCCGUUACAAUGGAAAUACCCUUAUGGACAUUUUUGGAGUAA